AUGGCGGCUACCAAUGUCAUGCGGCGGGUUGAGAGCCUUCUUAUUUCGUCCCCUCUUGAUCCCCGCAGAGGAGAUAGUUCCGUGUCUCGUGGUCUCUCCCUUGAGAAGAAAAUUGAGGCCUUUGAGAUCCUCACGGGACAAGUUAGUAACCGGCGAUCUCGGAGGUGGUUAAAUGAUCGUAUUCUGAUGGAACUUGUUCCUCGUUUAGAUGCUGAAGAAAUCAGAGGCUUGUUUGCCCCACCACCAUGGGGUGAUGAGGCGCCACCUUCAGCCUUUUCUUUGACUAAUGUUGGAGAAUGGGACAAAUUUAGAAACAUAGACAUGGACAAGGAGGCCCAUAUCAUGGACUCCUUGAAUCACUCUUCCGUAAGGCAGAAUGGUCGUGUGGAUGCUGAUAAAACUGCUGUCUUAAAUGCUUGGCGAAGAAUAGAUUGUAGAACAAGAGAGGCUCUUUGGCGUAGCUUUUUACCAGAUCUAAUCGAGGGAUAUGAGAACUGUAUAAGUCAUUUCAUUGAGGAAGGUGGUGAAGGAGAUGUUCUUGAGCUCAAGGUUCAAGACCCAUUCCAGAGAUUGCUUUUGCACGGUGUUUGUGAGUACCACAAUUUGGUGUCUACAACUGCAACAGAACAAAUAGGAAAGAAAGCAACGAAGACAACGAGUAUCAAAUGGAAGAACAGUGGUGACUCGGGGGAGAAACCGAGCAUCAGCCUCGCGCAUUUCCUUAGGAUGACAAAGGAAGGGGCUUGGUAA